UAACAAAUAUUUUUAUAAGUAGUAUUCGGUGUCCGAAGUUCAAAAACACUUUCAUUUUCUCUCUCUCUUUCCGCCUCCUCCUCCCUUCUUCUUCCUCUCUCAACAGCUUCGCGAAAACUCAGAAACGCUCUCCUCUUUCGAUUCGUCUCGGCCUUGUUUAUGAGCUCGAAGGAGAAACUACCCACUCUAGGUGGUACGCGGAUCAAGACCCGCAAACGGAAUAUCGCAGCUCCUCUGGACCCUGCAGCAUUUUCAGAUGCAGUGGUCCAGAUAUAUUUGGAUAAUGCUGGUGAUCUGGAACUUAUUGCAAAGUGCAUUGAAUCUUCAGAACUCGACUUUUCAAGAUACGGGGAUACUUUCUUUGAGGUUAUCUUCACUGGUGGACGGACACAACCUGGAACAACCAAACCUGAUGAGGGGGAGCGCCACCCUUACUCUGUAAUUCAUUGUGAGCCUACUCGUGAAGAUAUUUUGCCGUCUGUGUUUUUCAUACAGAAGAUUUUGCGCCGUAGGCCUUUCCUUAUCAAGUAUCUCGAAAAUGUCACUCGAAGAUUCUUACAGUCUUUGGAGCUGUUUGAAGACAACGAAAGGAAAAAAUUGGCGAUAUUCACUGCUCUUGCGUUCUCCCAGAAGCUGUCAGGUCUGCCACCAGAAACCGUCUUCCAGCCCCUUCUCAAGGACAAUCUUGUGGCAAAGGGGCUAGUUCUUACCUUUUUAACAGACUUUUUUAAGGAGUUUCUUGUUGAGAACACACUAGAUGACUUAAUUUCACUCCUAAAGCGUGGUAAAGUCGAAGACAAACUUCUCGACUUCUUCCCAUCUUCUAAGAGAUCUGCUGAGGCUUUUUCUGAACAUUUCACAAAGGAAGGCCUUGUUCCAUUGGUCCAGUACAAUGAGAAAAAGAUAUUUGAGGUGAAGCUAGCAGAAAUGAAGUCUGCUUUAACGACACAGAUAUCAGAGGAAGCUGAUGUAGAAGAAGUGAUUGAAACUGUGAAACAUCACGUGAAAGAGGCUAAGCUCCCUGAUAUUGAGAUAGUUCGCCUCCUAUGGGAUGUUAUCAUGGACGCUGUGCAGUGGUCUGGGAAAAAUCAGCAGCAGAAUGCUAAUACUGCAUUGCGCCAGGUCAAAACCUGGGCGAACCUUUUAAAUUCAUACUGUACUAGUGGGAAGCUGGAAUUGGAACUCAUAUACAAAGUUCAGAUCCAAUGCUACGAGGAUGCUAAAUUGAUGAAAUUGUUCCCAGAAAUAGUUAGGUCCCUGUAUGACCAGGAUGUGCUUGCGGAAGACACUAUCUUACACUGGUUCCGCAAGGGAACAAAUCCCAAGGGCAGGCAAACUUUCGUGAAGUCUCUUGAGCCGUUUGUGAAAUGGCUAGAAGAGGCAGAGGAGGAAGAAUGAUGAACUCAGUGGUUUGUAACUGUAGGAGUUCCCCUACACUGUCCUUCAAGUUUUCUUUGUCCUGCUUUUGUGUACUCUCAUUAGGACCCUGAAAAUAUUUCUGAUUUUCCGAUGACGAUGAUACGAUUUUAGUAUUUGCAAAAUAAUCUUUUAUUUUCUGCCUUCGGUUUGUUUGUUUCUACCCCAAUUGAUGAUUUGCUCUGUUUUGUAUCAUAAAAUGGUUUUUGAAUUUGUCAUUGGAACUAUGUACUACGAUUUUGCUUGA